UCGCCCAUGUUCGAUGGAAAAGUCCCACACUGGUACCACUUCUCCUGCUUCUGGAAGGUGGGCCACUCCAUCCGGCACCCCGACAUCGAGGUGGAUGGGUUCUCGGAGCUGCGGUGGGAUGACCAGCAGAAAGUCAAGAAGACCGCGGAGGCCGGAGGAGUGACUGGCAAAGGCCAGGAUGGAGUGGGCAGCAAGACAGAGCAGACGCUGGGCGACUUCGCGGCGGAGUACGCCAAGUCCAACAGAAGCACGUGCAAGGGGUGCAUGGAGAAGAUUGAAAAGGGCCAGAUGCGCCUGUCCAAGAAGAUGCUGGACCCGGAGAAGCCCCAGCUGGGCAUGAUCGACCGCUGGUACCACCCGAACUGCUUUGUCAAGAACAGGGAGGAGCUGGGUUUCCGGCUCGAGUACAGCGCGAGCCAGCUCAAGGGCUUCAGCCUCCUCUCUGCGGAGGAUAAAGACGCCCUGAAGAAGCAGCUCCCGGGAGUCAAGAGUGAAGGAAAGAGAAAAGGUGAUGAGGUGGAUGGAGUGGCCAAGAAGAAAUCUAAAAAAGAAAAAGACAAGGACAGUAAGCUUGAAAAGGCCCUCAAGGCCCAGAACGACCUGAUCUGGAAUAUCAAGGAUGAGCUAAAGAAAGUGUGUUCAACUAAUGACCUAAAAGAGCUGCUCAUCUUCAACAAGCAGCAAGUGCCUUCCGGGGAGUCGGCGAUCUUGGACCGGGUAGCUGAUGGCAUGGUGUUCGGAGCCCUCCUUCCCUGCGAGGAAUGCUCAGGCCAGCUGGUGUUCAAGAGCGAUGCUUAUUACUGUACCGGGGACGUCACCGCAUGGACCAAGUGUAUGGUCAAGACACAGACACCCAGCCGGAAAGAAUGGGUGACCCCGAAGGAAUUCCGAGAAAUCUCUUGCCUCAAGAAACUGAAGGUCAAAAAGCAGGACCGUGUGUUCCCCACAGAAGCCAGCACCCCGGGGAUGGCAGCCCCGGCACCCCCGCCCUCCGCAGCCCCGGUGCCCGCUGCUGUGAACUCCUCAACUGCAGCAGUCCCAGAUAAGCCGUUGUCCAGCAUGAAGAUCCUGACUCUUGGGAAACUCUCCCGGAACAAGGAGGAAGUGAAGGCCACGAUCGAGAAUCUCGGGGGGAAGUUGACGGGCACGGCCAACAAGGCCUCGCUGUGCAUCAGCACUAAAAAAGAGCUGGAGAAGAUGAAUAAGAAGAUGGAGGACGUGAGAGCAGCCAACGUGCGUGUCGUCUCUGAGGAUUUCCUCCAGGACGUCUCUGCCUGCUCCAGGAGCCUUCAGGAGUUGGUCUCCGCGCACAUCUUGUCCCCCUGGGGGGCCGAGGUGAAGGCAGAGCCUGUGGAAGUGGUGGCCCCGAAAGCGAAGUCGGGGGCUGCGCUCUCCAAGAAGAGCAAGGGCUCCGUCAAGGAGGAAGGUGUCAAUAAAUCUGAAAAGAGAAUGAAAUUAACCCUGAAAGGAGGAGCAGCCGUGGACCCCGAUUCCGGUCUGGAACACUCUGCGCACGUCCUGGAGAAAGGUGGGAAGGUCUUCAGCGCCACCCUUGGCCUUGUGGACAUUGUCAAAGGAACUAACUCCUAUUACAAGCUGCAACUUCUGGAGGAUGACAAGGAAAGCCGGUAUUGGAUAUUCAGGUCCUGGGGCCGUGUCGGCACUGUGAUCGGUAGUAACAAACUGGAGCAGAUGCCAUCCAAGGACGAUGCCAUUGACCACUUUCUGAAGUUAUAUGAAGAGAAAACCGGGAACGCCUGGCACUCCAAAAACUUCACAAAGUAUCCCAAAAAGUUCUACCCUCUGGAGAUUGACUACGGCCAGGAUGAAGAGGCCGUGAAGAAGCUAACUGUAAACCCUGGCACCAAAUCCAAGCUCCCCAAGCCCGUUCAGGAGCUCAUUAAAAUGAUCUUCGAUGUGGAGAGCAUGAAGAAAGCCAUGGUGGAGUAUGAGAUUGACCUUCAGAAGAUGCCCUUGGGGAAGCUGAGCAAGAGGCAGAUCCAGGCGGCCUAUUCCAUCCUCAGCGAAGUCCAGCAGGCGGUGUCCCAGGGCAGCAGUGACUCCCAGAUCCUGGAUCUCUCCAAUCGCUUCUACACGCUGAUCCCCCAUGACUUUGGGAUGAAGAAGCCUCCACUCCUGAACAAUGCAGACAGCGUGCAGGCCAAGGUGGAGAUGCUGGACAACCUGCUGGACAUCGAGGUGGCCUACAGUCUGCUCAGGGGUGGGUCAGAUGAUAGCAGCAAGGACCCCAUCGAUGUCAACUAUGAGAAGCUUAAAACUGACAUUAAGGUGGUUGACAAAGAUUCUGAAGAAGCCGAAGUCAUCAGGAAGUAUGUUAAGAACACUCACGCGACCACACACAAUGCGUAUGACUUGGAAGUCGUCGACAUCUUUAAGAUAGAGCGGGAAGGGGAGAGCCAGCGCUACAAGCCCUUCAGGCAGCUUCAUAACCGAAGGUUGCUGUGGCAUGGGUCCAGGACCACCAACUUUGCUGGGAUCCUGUCCCAGGGUCUCCGGAUAGCUCCGCCUGAAGCGCCAGUGACGGGCUACAUGUUUGGUAAAGGGAUCUAUUUCGCGGACAUGGUCUCCAAGAGUGCCAACUACUGCCACACGUCUCAGGGAGACCCGAUUGGCUUAAUCCUGUUGGGAGAAGUUGCCCUUGGAAACAUGUAUGAACUGAAGCAUGCGUCACAUAUCAGCAAGUUACCCAAGGGCAAGCACAGUGUCAAAGGUUUGGGCAAAACUACCCCUGACCCUUCAGCUAGUAUCACUCUGGAUGGCGUAGAGGUUCCUCUUGGGACCGGGAUUUCGUCUGGUGUUAACGACACCUGUCUUCUGUAUAACGAGUACAUUGUCUACGAUAUCGCUCAGGUAAAUCUGAAGUAUCUGCUGAAACUGAAAUUCAAUUUCAAGACAUCCCUAUGGUGAAUGGUGAGAUGUGGCCGAGUCGCACCCCAGUGACUGGCAUGAGUUCACCUGGUGUGCUCACGCCCCGACUCACCAGGCAGAAACCUCAGCCAAGUUGCCGGUGGAUACACCUUCACUGAGUCUCCUUAGAAAGGAUUUUAUAUGAACUUGUUUUUCCCAACUUUUCAGAUCCCUUGUUUUGUGUCGUGUUUGGGAGGAGGGGUGGUUCGGGGGUUUUUCCCCCACCAGGCAUAGCCCCGUUAGGUACAACUGAUGAUAGGGGGAAAGUUGGAGAGGAUUUUUGUUUUGUUUUGUUUGCAUAGACUAGUCCCAUGGAAAAAGCCAAGCCACGUUAGAAUGUCUGCCUUACUGGUUUCCCCAAGGAAGGAAAAAAUACGCUUUUACCCUUUUUUCUAAGUGUUCAUUUUAGUUUUGAUUUUGGAAAACUGUUAAGCAUUUAUUUUGAGGUAAAAAUAAAAACUAAUUUUAUACUAUUUAGGUUUUCUUUUUUAUUUUGCACUUAUCCCCUUUUUAGCUUUUUUGUUUGUUUAAAUGUUGGCAAGGGGUAUGUAUAGGAGACCAAAAGGAGGAGCAUUAACAGUUUCUCAUACUUAGGAACAAAAAGGGUUUUCCUUUUCUAGAAAUACUUUGGAACAGGGGCACUCUUGGAAUAUGUAGUAUAGUAAGUUAAAAGUUGCAUCUGAAAUUUUUGACUUUCCUAUGAGCAAUUUUGCCUUCCAAAUGAAAACCAUCUAUAUUGCUGGUACACCUACCCAAGGGCUAAUAGUAAUUCUCAAUUAAAAUGCAAGUGGCUUCUAUA